UUUAUGGCGUCCAACGGCAACGAUGCUGCUAAAGCCAAAUAUGAACAGAAGGUGCCUGUUUUCUACUACCGUCCCACACACACAGACUGCCAGCUCCUUCGGGAACAGUGGAUCAGAGCCAGAUACGAGAGGAAGGAGUUUGUGUGUGUGGAGAGACAGGAGCCUUACUCUGCAGGGUACCGAGAGGGGUUUCUAUGGAAACGGGGCCGAGAUAACGGACAGUUCCUGAGCCGAAAAUGUAUUCUGUCAGAGCGGGAUGGUGCUCUGAAGUACUUCAACAAGCAUGAUGCCAGAGAGCCCAAGGCUCUGAUGAAGAUCCACACCCUGAACGCCUCCUUCCAGCCUGGGAAGAUAGGCCAGCCCCACGGCCUGCAGGUCACCUAUCUGAAGGACAACAGCACUAGGAACAUCUUUGUCUACCACAAGGAUGGCAAGGAAAUGGUGGACUGGUUCAACGCCAUCAGAGCAGCCAGAUUUCACUACCUACAGGUCGCUUUCCCUGGGGCCCACCACGCUGAUUUGGUGCCAAAGCUAACACGAAACUACAUCAAGGAAGGCUACAUGGAGAAGACGGGCCCAAAGCACACAGAGGGCUUCAAGAAGAGAUGGUUCACUAUGGAUGACAGGAGACUCAUGUACUUCAAGGGUCCUCUGGAUGCCUAUGCACGCGGUGAGGUGUUCAUUGGUAGUAAGGAGAACAGCUACACUGUGCUCCCUGGCCUUCCCCCAUCCACCCAGGGCUACCACUGGCAGUUUGGCAUCACCAUAGUAACGCCCGACAGGAAGUUCCUGUUUACGUGCGAGACCGAGGAGGAGCAGCAGGAUUGGAUGGCUGCCUUUCAGGGUUUGGUGAAUCGACCUAUGCUGCCCCAGGAAUAUGCAGUGGAGGCCAACUUUAAGCACAAGCCCUGAGAAGAGGAGGACAAUAAGGAAAAAGAGGAAGGCUGAACAUAUCCCCUGGGUGAAGACAGACAAAUAGGAUCCUUCUCCUCCUCAUAAGGAGAAAAAUAUAUAUACAAUUAAGGAUAAACCACACAGAGCAGUAAAAGAGAAGGGAGAGAGGACUACAGAGUGUGGUGUUACUGUCCUGUUGCCAUACUCCUCUACUCCGCCUUACCCCAAAUCCUGCCCAUAUAUAAUGAACAAAAAUAUAAACGCAACAGGCAACAAUUUCAACGA